AGAGGUAUGACACCAGUGCUUUGUACAAGAUGUAACCUGCUGCAUGAUUAUGUGUUGCAGGGUCCAUCUUCAGAGCUUGAUGUGGAGUCCCACCACUCAGUAAAGACUUAGCCAUGGCAGGUAAACGCAGCAAACCCAAGCGUGGCAAAGGUAAAGGCACCAGUAAGAAAAAGCAGAAGGUGGUGAAGGAAGUGGAUAUCCUCAGCCGAGAUGCCAUGCUCAACGCUUACUACGUCUGCCACAAUGCUGCUGCCUGCCUGGAGUUACGGGGCUUUCCCUGGCCUGGCUCCCCCAAAAAGAAGAAGAAAACAAAGUAACUGGCUGGAAGGUGAAGGACUUGUAGAAAACCAGGCUCCCCUGGGAAGAAGAGACAUUUUUGUGGAUUAGACUCUAGUGAUUAGCUCAUAUUUGGCCUGUUGUGUCCAUACAAAGACACUCUUAUUACAGCUCCAGCCUAGAGUGACAAAUGGUGAGUGACGCUGUGCUGGUGAAUUUUCAUCUGUGGCACUUCACCCUCUGGUUCUGUGUGGAAUAAAACUUGCUCUCUGUAGUCUGAAGGGUUUGUAGUGAGGUUUGCUUUACCCAAACUCAUGUUGCUCUUUUAUGGAUGGGAUACACUUCCUGACAGUGUUAGUGGAAAACUGAGCUCAGAAAGCGGAUACCACAGA